AUGGCGGCCCAAGAGGAAGGCGAGUGGAACCAAGUUAAGCGCAAGAGGGGCCGUCUACGACCCGUGCCGACGCCACAGCCGGACCCCGGAGCCGAUGCCACAGCCGACAGCAUCCUGCCGAACCCAAACCCGGAGUUCUCGGCCGAGGAUCUAUGGCGGUACCACAAGACAGCAACCAACGACUGGCAAGUAUUAGAAUGGUGGGAGCGCAUGAAGGCAGUAAUGGAGCUGCUCAAACAACAACCAGAUCGCCCAACCAUCACCACAGCCAUAUGUCUCGGCCCUGGCCCUUACGAGCCAAGUAAUGGCAGUGUCACGGCAAGGCGAACAGCUCAUAUGCAGACGGCCGCCUUUUGCUUCAUUGUCGACCAUUUGAGAUCAUGGAGUGGUAGAGAUAUCAGAUGCGUUGUCCAGGAGCCUCGUUUUACACAGACAGACAGGGAAUUUUGCACUAGACUUGGUCUCGAAGUCGUCGACAGCCCAGACGCCUUCGCCAUGGUGGAUGAGAACACGCUGCUUUAUGGCAUCCACAUGGAACUCGACAUCUACAAUCAAGCGCUCGCGAGUCUUCCUGGGCUCUUUGUCGGCGCUAGCUUAGAUGAGUGGGAGAAAGUUGUCGACCACGACUACAAGGCAAAGUCUCCCCUUGCUGCUUUCUCAACCAUGGACGCUACUUAUGCCAGCUACACUUUCCCGGACUUCGAUUACAUGUUCUCAAGCACCAUCAUGUAUUGCCGAAGGAGUCAAAAUUGA